CUGGCGGGCGUGGGAGGCGGGCGCUCUUCCGCCAAGGGUGGGGCUCGCCGCCCGCCGGCAGUGCUGGGGUCUCAGCCCGUGUUCCUCGGGCGCCAUCUCUUUGCAAAAUGCCUCCUCCUCCUCCUCCUCCUCCAGCAGGUUUCCCAGAGGCUGCUGCUCUCCCCGCUGCCUCCCUCCUCCCUUUCGUAUCGCUUUGCGUGUGUGCGCGCACCAGGACUCAGUGUGCGUGUGAGCGCGCGUGCGUGUGUAUGUUAGUAAGUAGCCUACUGUAAGCAGAGAAGACAACUUGCCGGAAGCUCCUGACCUGAGCCUUGAUUUCUAGGUUCCAAAGACUCACAGCAAAGCGACGAUGUUCCCCAGGCUCUUUCAACAGUGGAGUUUCCUGGUUUUUCUACUGAGUUACUGCGUACCCUCCUCUGAGAGAUCGCUGGAAGGGAACAGCCGCAGACUCAGCAAAAGGACAGUAUCAGAAUACCAGCUGUUGCAUGACAAAGGAAAGUCUUUGCAAGAUAUUCGAAGACGAAACUUCCUGCAAAAUUUAAUUGAAGGGGUCAACACAGCCGAGAUCCGGGCUAUGUCAGAGGUAUCACCAAACCCUAAACCUGCCACCAUCACAAAGAAUUACGCUGUCCGGUUUGGCAGUGAAGAUGAAGGCAAGUGCCUGACUCAAGAGACCAACAAAGCCCAGACGUACAAAGAGCAGCCUCUGAAGGCUCCAGGAAAGAAAAAGAAAGGAAAGCCCGGGAAACGUAAAGAGCAAGAGAAGAAAAAAAGGAGGAUUCGUUCAGCCUGGCUCAGCUCAAGAGGGUCUGGAAGUGGAAUGACACAGAUCCCCCUCUUGGACAUCUUUGGAACUACACAUAUCAAUACAAGGAGGCGUUGACAUCGUCAGCUGAGAUUUUUUGGAAAACACACUGCAGUAUUCUGUAAUAGUCAACAUAUGGAAAGUGUUAGAAAUAUUUAUUAUCUGUAAAUAUUGUAAAUGUAUCAGAAUAAAACGUUGGCCACAGAUGCUCUCCAAAACUGCACAUUUGAACAUUGUGAAUAUUGGGAGAUUCUUUUUGUGCAAAGACAAUUAUUGUUGUCCAUUUACCAUAAUUUAUUUUGUUGAAUGAUGUAUUUAUUUCCAUGAACGUUUAUCUUGGUGCUGCUGACUUUCUAUAAUUUUUGUAACAUAAUGCACUUUAGAUACACAUUAUGUCUUUUGUUGAUAUGACAUAAAUAAAUGGUUCCUUUUUUAUUGGUUUUAA